AUGUUUCAGCUUCACCCAAACGACGUCGAGCGCGAUCAAAUAGCAAAAUUCGUGUUCGGCGAUGCCUUCUCUGACCGCUGGGAUGGCCCGGCAUCGCGUGCCUACUUCGACCACUAUUGCUCCGUCGUCUGUCCCGCGGAACCAGGCGAUGCCGUCAUCUACAUCGGCGCCUCGGCGCUGAGGAGCCACGCGGACGUGGUCCGGUGCGCCAGGAUCCUCCGCGAGAACCCCCUCCUCUCCUUCAACGACUACGUCGGGCAGGCCAUGUCAGACAAAGAAACCACCACUGCCGCCUUGAAGGAGAAGGCGCAUGUCGCCAGGACUGUCGUCGCCGUCACCUUCAUGAUCAACUGCUCCCUCGGGGACUACCACGCCGUUGGGCUCGAGCGCAACGACCCCGUCUGGGCCAAGUGGGAGGGCGACGUGCGCUUCGCCAGCUUCGUGAGGGAUGCCUUCACGCAGCAGCUCUCCCCGACGGAGGAGCAGAAGGGCAGGGUCUUCGACGCCAUCGCGCACAAGAAGUCCCUCAAGGCGUGGAAGCUCGCCAAGCGGUACGACAUCAAGAUCCGUCCGACCAACAACCUGCUGGAGCACCUCGCGUACGACGCGGGCACCAAGAUUCUCAAGGUCUUCCACCAGGUCUUCUUUCUCAGGGCGCAUCUGGCCGUCACCAAGAACCAGCCACUGGAACUGGGCUUUGAGGAGAGCUUGGCAAUGGGCACACUGCCGCCGAGGCUUCUCCUCGAGACGCUGCUCACACUGCACACGAUCCUGUACCCGAUCAUCGACACCGGGGACGAGAAGUCGUACGCGUCGCUCGAGAAGGCCAUCCGGCGGCACGCCUUCGAUGAGGAGGCCAUGCUGAUCGAGUUCGUCCGCACCGUGCCGCCGGACAUGGUCUUCCGGUACUGGGGCGACCGCUUGACGCGGCUGCACGAAGCCGUCCGCCGCCCGCCGCCCACCAACGCUGUUGUCUCCUGGUUCGAGAGGCACACGUCGGAGCGCAACGCGCUGACGGUUGCCAUCGUCGGGUUGUUCCUCGCGGCGCUGUUCGGCUUCCUCUCUUUCCUCGUCGGCCUGCUGCAGCUCGUGCUGGCGUGGGUCGCCUGGAAGCAUCCCAAUUGA